AUGCUUUGUCUUCGUUCUUCUCGUAUUCUUAUCCGGCAAUCUGCUUCGUCGUUAGUCGCGAAUGGCUGUUUUCGUCGAGAGUUUCAUCGUUCUCAAUUUAUACAAAAAGAAAGAGAACAAAAAAUUGAAGCUAACAAAGAUAUGAGCGAUGGCCCUUCAGAUGCUCAUCCUGCUAGUUCUGUACUUGCUGGUACAAUCCUCAAAAACCUCAAUAUUAAAGCAGGCGGUGUUGAUCCAGUAGCCAAAGAAGAUAACGAAUAUCCUGAAUGGCUUUGGACUCUUUUAGAUGCUCCUGCUUCAGACUCUCGCACUGCUUUAAGCCGCUCUCGCAAGAACGCGAUUCGUACAUCCAACUUUUUGAAAAAGAAAUAA